CACAGUGAGAUGAACAUGGUACGAUAAUAGACAGAACAUAUUUUAGUUCUGAUACUUAGACUUAACUAUUAUUUUUGCCUCUUUCUUUCUUUUUUCCUUCCUUCCAUUUUUGUUUUCUUCUUCCUUUCAUUCUUUUUUCUUUUUUCUUUGUUUCAUGGCGCUUGGCAACACCAUAUCCUUGAAUACGCCUUUUCAGCCGACAAAGCACAGGAUUCUGCCAUAUUUCCGCCUUCAAACACAAGAUUUGUUAACAUGGAAGAGCAGUUAGAGCACGUAUCUGAACCAUUAAAACCGACUGAAACACAAACACAAAAUGUCAAUUCAACUGAGAAUGAAUAUGAUCUCAGGAGGAGACGUAUUGCAAAGGUUUUCAUGGAUGCGUAUGGAGGUGAUAUCCUGAAAUAUCGCAAGAUGGACCCUAAGAAGCUUGAGGAGAUGCAGAAGAAGCGUGACGAGGAAGAGGAGGCAAGGGUCACCUCCCCUUACAACAUCCAGACCGUCUUCUGGAUCCUAGCUUCCAUCGCCAUUUUCAAACUGACCGACUUUGUUCCUGCCAUGUUUUACGAUUCAGCUGUGAAAAAGACGUGGUUAUACAUUGGUGCAGGUUUUAUCGGCAUCAACAUGGCUAUCGCUCUCUAUCUGAUCAUAGUAUGUUCUUGGAUAAGAAAGAUCACGGACUGGGAAAAACAUUCUCCAAGUGCCGUCCCGAUUGCAACAUGUUCCUUUGUCUCCGGGACUCUUUGUAUCAACAUAGCUCUGUGGCCCGUGUAUGGAUUCCUAACGCCGGUAUUACUCUUCACCCUCUUCAUGGGUUUCAUAGUCAUCGUCAGUCUCCUGCCGAAUAGCAUUCGACAGGGGGUAGUAAUCUGAUUAAUUUGAUCAAUCUUUUUCAUUUUCCUGUUUCCCUAAAUCUCUCUUCCUUUUUCUAUGUUAGCACACUGAAAUGUUGGAUUUUUCACUCCUACUUAAAUCAAAUAUUAACAUAUUUCACAUACUACUUCAAUAGCCAGUACUUCAGCCUCUCUUAUAUGCGUUUACAUUUUACUUAUUAACUAAUUUUCACUUUCUUUAAUUCAUGGAUUCUAUUGGUGUAUCAAAAUGCUCAAAAACUAUUAUACGAUGGCGCAGUAAGGUAUAGUUAUAUUGCCUUUUUAUACAAAUUUUUAUACAUAAUGGUGGUGAUAAAAACAAAAAGUUUUUUAUGAAACUAGAAUUUUUAGACUAUUAGGUAGGAGACUGCGCCUUUCUUAUAAUCCCCAUAGCUAGAAUUGAAGAAGAAUUAUACGAUUGCUUUGUUGUGCUAGAUAUACAUUAUUCCAAUUCAUACAUUCACUUGGUGCGUACUUGGAGUGUAUCUGGGAGAAAGAUUUUUGUGUGUUUCUUGUUGGUCAUAAAAUGUUUAGUGUGUGGAUUUUCUCUGCUGCUGUGAUUGUUGCUUGUACAGAUCACUUAAAUAUGGAACUUUAUAUUGUCCAUUGGUGAUAAUACCUUUGGAUAGACCCAGGACAAUUGGGGCAUAGGACCAGUCAAACAUCAAUGGGACCAUUGGGGCAUAGGACCGGUCAAACAUCAAUGGGACCAUUGGGACGUAGGGCUGGUCAAACAUUAAAAGGGCCAUUGGGGCGUAGGACCGGUCAAACAUCAAUGGGACCAUUGGGGCAUAGGACCGGUCAAACAUCAAUGGGACCAUUGGGGCGUAGGACCAGUCAAACAUCAAUGGGACCAUUUGGGCGUAGGACCGGUCAAACAUCAAUGGGACCAUUGGGGCAUAGGACCGGUCAAACAUCAAUGGGAUCAUUGGGGCGUAGGACCGGUCAAACAUCAAUGGGACCAUUGGGGCGUAGGACCGGUCAAACAUCAAUAGGACCGGUCAAACAUCUAUGGGACCAAUUGGACUUACAUCUAGGACCAAUGGGACAUAGGAACAGUGGGACAAAGAACCAAACUUAAAACUUUUUAAAAAGGCAGGACGCUAAACAUUUUUGGGGGAGGGGGGCAUGAGCUAACUCAACCAUUUUUUACUAAUUAUAAAUCUGACUAACCUGUCUCAUUGCACGUUUUAAUAAGUGGCACAGAAGUAUGACAUUUGCAGUGAGUGAUGCUACUAACAGACCAUUGCAUGAAUACAGUCAUUAGUUGAAUAAGUAU